GCGCCGUAAGGAGUGGCACUUUUUAAAAGUGGAGCCUCAGGCCAGCCCCCAGCCGCAACUCGUCUCAGUCGGUUGUCGAGUCCCUUCUGUCCCAGUCGUGCGUGCCUCUUGUCCCACGCAAGUCCAGCUUGUACCAUGCCGGUCAAAGGAGGUAGCAAGUGCAUCAAAUACCUGCUCUUCGGAUUUAACUUCAUCUUCUGGCUCGCCGGCAUCGCAGUACUCGCCGUGGGACUAUGGCUCCGAUUCGACUCCCAGACCAAGAGCAUCUUCGAGCAAGAAUCUAACCAUUCCAGCUUCUACACAGGAGUGUACAUUCUGAUUGGAGCCGGGGCCCUCAUGAUGUUGGUUGGUUUCCUGGGCUGCUGUGGAGCUGUACAAGAGUCCCAGUGCAUGCUGGGAUUGUUCUUCGGAUUCCUCUUGGUGAUAUUCGCCAUUGAGAUAGCCGCAGCCGUCUGGGGCUAUACCCACAAGGAUGAGGUGAUUAAAGAAGUCCAGGAGUUUUACAAGGACACUUACCAAAAGUUAAGGAACAAGGAUGAGCCCCAGCGGGAAACGCUCAAAGCCAUCCACAUGGCGUUGAACUGCUGUGGCAUAGCUGGUGGUGUGGAGGAGUUUAUCUCAGACAUCUGCCCCAAAAAGCCACUUCUGGAAACCUUCCAGGUUAAGUCCUGCCCGAAAGCCAUUGAUGAGGUCUUCAACAGCAAGUUCCACAUCAUUGGAGCAGUGGGCAUCGGCAUCGCCGUGGUGAUGAUCUUCGGCAUGAUUUUCAGCAUGAUCCUGUGCUGCGCCAUCCGCAGGAGCCGAGAAAUGGUCUAGAGUCUGCCCCAACCCCGAGCAGGAACGACGGCCCCCAAGACUGUCCGGGUCGUCUGGUUUUUUUAUUUUUUUUUUUUUUGCCACUAAUAUUAGUAUUCAUUAUGCAUUUCUAAAUAACAGUCAUUCUGUUUGUCUUUUUAAUGCUUUAUUCAUUAUUGACAUUUGUAGUUGAGGGAUCUGGGGGAUUCAGUUUAUCUUGAUUUUUUUUUUUUGGUUGUUUAUUUUUGCUUGUUACGUUAAGCAAAAAUCCUGCAAUGAAAGGUACUAUAUUUGCCAGACUCUAGACAUAAGAUAUUGUACAUAAAGAGAAUUUUUUUUUUGCCUUUAAAUACAUUAAAGUAUCUAUCAGAUAAAAUCAGGUUGUAAGUUAUAUUGAAGACAAUUUGAUACAUAAUAAAAGAUUAUAACAGUG